CAGAGUCUCUCAAGUCUCAAUCCUUUGAUCUUCUCUCAGUUUUUUUCUCUCUCUCUUUCAGUAUUCUAAUAAUAGUAGCAACUUGAUUCUGCUAGUUUUGGUAAAAAGGAAUAGUGUUUAGAUACGAAUCAAACCCUAUUUAUUGGAUGAUUAAAAUGCUAAGCAAACCAGAUUAAGCACUGUGAACACCACAAAGUAUGCUCUUUCUCGUGCUAUAUGAUUUUUGAAGUCAGAUAUGGUGAGAGAUUCUGGUGGUUGUGGUGGUGUUCUUCAUCUAUGGAUAAGCUUUGAGUUACAAAGGGAUUAAAACAAGUUUUGGCUAAAGAAGAAAUGUGCAAGUGCUAUGUCAGAGUAGAGGGAAGGUUUCUACAGAAUCUUAGGUGUUAUUUGAUGCUGCUUCUGUUCUAUCUUGUUCACGGAGGCUGGUCUUGACACGCUUUCAACGAGAAGUUCACUAUUAAUAACAAUGUGUUUCAAUAAGAACGAUAUGGCAAAUGAAGUGGUAACUGAGAGACCAGCGUUUGGUUCAUCUGAAGAAGAUGAUUCUCGAGUUGAAGAUACAGCUGGAAAUGCCAACAAUUUGUUACAGAUCACUCAACAACCGAUAGCCCCUGUUGUUAACUGGGAGAGAUAUCUCCCAGUUAGAUCGCUUAAGGUUCUCCUGGUGGAGAAUGAUGACUCAACUCGCCACAUUGUUACUGCACUUUUGAAGAAUUGCAGCUACGAAGUUACUGCUGUUCCGGACGUCCUUGAAGCCUGGAGAGUCCUAGAAGACGAGAACAGCUGCAUUGAUCUUGUCUUAACGGAGGUUGUUAUGCCGGUGAACUCUGGAACCGGUCUGUUGUCCAAGAUAAUGAGCCAUAAUACACUUAAGAACAUCCCCAUCAUAAUGAUGUCAUCUCAUGAUUCCAUGGUUCUGGUGUUCAAGUGUUUGUCGAAUGGCGCUGUUGAUUUCCUCGUGAAACCUAUUAGAAAGAACGAGUUGAAGAAUCUUUGGCAACAUGUCUGGAGAAGAUGCCACAGCUCUAGCGGCAGUGGGAGUGAGAGUGGGAUACAUAACAAGAAGUCAGUGAAAACUGAAAGCACUGAUGAUGAAGGGUCAGAAGACGAUGCCAGCAUGAGCGAUGAAGAUCACGGGAAUGAUGAUGAUGGGAGUAACGGAGAGGGUGGGAGUGAUAACGGAAGUGGAACUCAGAGCUCUUGGACCAAAAGAGCCAGUGAUAUGAACGUGGGAACCUAUGGCAAUGAACGGGAAGGUGUUAAUAAACUGAAAGAGGUUGACGAUGAGAAUGGACAAAUAGGCAACGGAUCACAGGCAGGACAGUGUAUGAGUAAGAAAGCUGUUCAAGCUUUGGAGAGAAACAAUGGUGACUUGUUGAAUCGCUCUUCUGGUAACUCACAAGUAGAAACCAAAACACCUUCAUCUAAUCCUGAAGAUUUGCAAUCACUGGAGCUAACUUUGACAAAACCAAAAGAGGCUGGAGAUCAGAGAGCCGGUGGUGAUCGAAGCGUUCUGAGGCAUUCUAAUCACUCUGCCUUCUCAAAAUACAACAACGGUGCUACUUCUGCUAACAAGGCUCCAGAAGAAAAUGUGGGAAGCUGUUCUCCUCAAGACAGUCCCGUUGCCAAAAUAAUUGGUUCCAGUUCAAGCAGUGACAAUCCUUCGAAUCAGCAGUCUAGUGGAAGCGACCGAGCCGCACAAAGAGAGGCGGCUUUGAUAAAGUUUCGUCUUAAGCGUAAAGAGCGAUGUUUUGAGAAGAAGGUAAGGUACCAUAGCAGGAAGAAACUAGCUGAGCAACGGCCUCGCAUCAAAGGUCAAUUCAUUCGCAAGAUGGAUGCUUCUAAAUCAGGAAAUGAGUGUCAGAGUAGUGAAGACAAUUGAAGCAAAAUUGGUAAAGAAGACUGAAGAGAGAUUCACUUCGAAGAUUUGAAGAACAAAGUGGAAUGUAUCUGUGACAGAGUCUUUGAUGGCCUUUUGGAUUCUAUGAUUUAUGUUUAUAAAAAUUCAUCUUUUUUAAUAAGAGUGUCUAUACACUAAAGGUCAUUUCCACGAGAACAGUAAAUUAAAAGGCAUUUUCAUA